AUGACAGCCAUACUCGCGAGAUCACCUCUACAAUCGCUACCUACGGCAAUGAAUCGCCCUACAACGCGACGGAAGAGCGCGAGGCAUGAGGAGGAUGACGGGGGAGCACCGGUCGCGAAAAGGGCAAAGACGACAGCUGUGGCGACGAAUGGCGGCGCUGUCGGCGGCGGAUCGAAUGGUUCUGGAACAGGGAGGAAGGGCGCAGCGAAGAAGACAUACGACGAGGACGACGAUGGCUUUCAAUUCACGCGCCGGACGACGAGGAAGAGCGCCGCGAAGGCCCAGCAACAACCCGCGACCGAGACAAUUCCCGAAGAACCCGCGAAACCUGCACCCGCGCCCGCGCGCCGGAAGAAGACUCCGGCUGCUGCCCCGAGUGCGCCAAUUCCCGAGCAGAACGACGUUGCACCGAAGCGACGGCGGUCGACGCGCUUGUCGGCGGAUCAGGAGCAGAUUGAAAUCCAGCAGGGCGCACAGAAACCGGCACCGAAGCGUGUGAGGAAGUCAGUCGCGCCCCCCGUGGAGAAAGAGAGGGAGAGGGAGAAGGCGAAGAGCAAGAAACAGACUACCCCGGCGCCGGAGACAGCUGUGGAAGACAGAAGUGCAAGAGCGCAACCGAUUGUGAAGACCCCGAACCAGAACGAGCUCCAUGUGGCUAAGAAACGCGACGGUGCUGCUACAAAGAUCAUGCUUCCAUUUGCGGAUACGCCUGUGAUUACGAGGAAUAAAGAAAUGCGGAAGGCGAGCAAAGAUGGGCACAGAAGGAGUAGCUCGGGGCUGAGAGGGAGGAGGGCGAGCUCGUUGAUAGACAGCGGAUUGUCAAAUGCUUUACCGCAUUCCGAGGUGGAAGUCCGCGAAUUCUACAAGUACAUUGAGCAGAGUUUACCGGAGCCCAGGCGGAUGAAGCAGCUUCUGACCUGGUGUGGUUCAAGAGCGCUGCCAGCGAAGCCGUCAGGAAGCGUCAAGGAUGCAAAUGCGAUUAUGGCAGCACGUGCUAUACAGCAAGAGCUCAUUGACGAUUUCGCCAGUAAGCCAGAAUUAUCAGACUGGUUCAGCAGAGUAUUGAACGAAAGGAACCAGACAUUACUAAAAGAGAUGGAAGAAGAAGUUAAGCGUCUAGAGGAAGAAAAAGCCGCCUGGGACGCCAUAUCUGCCGCUUCCAAAUCAAUACAACCGACACCUGUAACAACAGACCAACCUGUACCAUCACUCGCCGACAUAGACACCUCAUUACUCGACCCAUCACAAGCCUCCAUACUCGCCACACUCCAAUCAUCCAUGAAUCCACCCUCAUCUACCACCGACGACACCGAUGAACAGAGACCCUCAGCAUCAACAUCAGGAUCGACAGCAUUCAAAUUCACCACCCCUACUGCCCUACAAUCACAUCUUUCCGCCCUCGCUAUUUCCCUCGAGCCCAACAUCGACAUCUUCGCAGACGGCGUCCACAAAAUCGAACAGUACCGCAACACCGCCGAGCGAGUAGCUGACCGAGUACUCGGAACCGCAGCCACACGUCUUGAAGAGCGGGACAAGGCUGUGAAAGAGAAGGUUGGCAGCGAGGGAAUUGGCGUGGGCGACGUCCUGCGAAGUCUGUCUGGCGUACUUAAUGAAUGAUAAUUGAAGAAGUAGCGUUUCUUCUUCUUGUUUCUUAUUACAUGUCGAAAUCACAGUGCUUCAGAAAGACAACAAGUGAUUCGAUCAGGACCCCGUUCUAACGAUGCAACUGGGAAGAAUGUUAUAUAUGCGGAGUUUUAUAUCCCCCUUUCUCUCUCUUGAACAAAUUCAUUUUUCCCCCAUUCUGGGUUCUUCUUUCCAAAAGUCACACUGAGGCUUGUUUGGGGUCUCAUGCGCCUUGUAAGCAUGGUUUGAGUGGUGCGGUGCGGUGUGGUGAUGUGUAACUACCUACCUAGAGUCCCGUGUUGCUUGGUGGAAAGGCGCAUCCGCGUGUGCGACUUCUUGUUUUUUUGGUUGAA